GGUGGCUCCAGCCUUGACCGCAUUGCUGGUUUAUCAUAGCAGUGUUUGAUAUGGCAAAAUGGUGUUAUAUCUGCCUCAGACUCUUGAAAGCUUUUUUGUUCUGGAUCACGGACUAUAAUUCAGUACUGUUUUCCUGCUGAAUCUCCUUCCAGUAAUUCUUCCAGCAAUCUCUUCUCCAAAUCCUACAAAAACCCACCUCUGUGGGCUAGAAAAACAUCUCUAAUGGGUUUUAUUGUGACAAGAGCCUGAAAUGAGAGUGAAGAGGAAGCAGAUUCAAAGCCCACUGUUAGAUCUUUGGCCCUCUUUGCUCCUCUCAUUGAAAAUGCAUUGGGACAUGCAUGAAAGAGUUACCUGGCUGUUGCCACUAGAGGUCACGCUUGCCUAGAUUUUAUGUCUGUACAUGACACAGAAACAUCUGUUGCCUUGACUACUGUUUUUCAAGAGCGUAGGCAUGGAAGUCUGUGGCAGCAAAAAGGACAAAGUCCCGUGACUCCUUUCCGGUUUUAUUUGGCACCCACAUCACAGGCAGCAGCUUCCUUCAGAAAUAUAUGAAGCCUCUUGCCAGAUAAAGCAGGCCAGGCUUCAAGGUGCUGCAUGUUUUCUGUUCUGCUUUCCCCUCACUGCGUGUUCCUGUCAUGUAACUACAGUCAUUCAUCAAUGAAGAACAAGUCACUCUGCAAUAAAAGUAUUUCCAUUCAUAGGAAAUAUGGGUCCUGCUUUUCCCCUGCUCUGUAGUAGAAGAUCUGGAGUCUGUUGAGAGUUGGGGACAAAUCUCUUUGGGGAAUUGGUUCCUCUGUCAAACAACUAAGGCUCCUUGUAAUGUUCAUCAUUAGAACAUUAGCUUCAAACUGUUAGACCUCUCUCUGAGUCCAUAAAGAGCUAACCUGUGCCCUUCUUGAUAGCCCUUGUAGUUAGUUUCGAUCAGUAGUCUGUUAGGAAUUGAUGGGAGUUGAAGUCCAAAACACCUGGAGAGCCGAACUUUGCCCAUGCCUGGUUUAGAUAGGAAAAGAUUGCCCUUCAUCUCCUCCCUUCGCCUUCUCUGUUUUUUCUCUCUCAAAAGAGACUCGAAAGUGGCAAAUGAUAUUAAAACAAUAUGAUAUACAAUUUAAAAGAUAAAGACUGUAAACAUUAGAAUUGAAUUAAAUCCCAGACUAAUUAAAAACUAAUAGAUAAAAGCAUGAAAAACCUAUUUCAAAGACACAAAACAUUUUGGUAUCUCUAGCAGAGUGGAGUGCAGCAUAGCUGGCACUGUAUGUAAGCUUAUGGUAGGAAACAGGAGAGAAAAUACGCAAGAUGAUGCUCUGGGAAGGUUUUUAGGAAGGUAAACAUGUAUAUUUAUUUUUGCUAGUAAGAAAUCUUGGAUAAAAAAGCAGAUAGAGCAAAUAAACUUUAGUGGAAGAGUCCUUCAUGCUGACUCUCUUGUCUCUCUGUAUAUAAGACCCCUUGAAGCAGAGAAAGGCCUCAUUGUGUUCCCUUGUCAAACAAAAAGGGUCACAAAGCACUGAAGACUUUUGGGAAGAAAAUAGUAUCCAUGUGGGGGGUAAGACUGGGCGGGUCUCCCUUUUUGCUGGUACGUCUCCGGGUGCAUGGAUGUUUCUGCUGCUCCUAACCCUGUCUUUUCUAAGCCUAGAUGCCUCCUGCUUUAGCUCCUGGACGUUUUGGAGAAUGCCCUGCCUUCCUGGUUCCUAACCCCAUUUAACCAUUGUCUGUUUUUGUCUCCUUUCGCCCUUUCUUCACUGAUGAUUGCUGUGUGCCUUAUUACAGUGUCAUUGGAUAACCAGCCGAUGCUGCACUACAUCCGGGAUAAAACCGCUGUUCCUUACUUCUCCAAUCUGGUCUGGUUUAUCGGGAGCCACGUGAUAGAACUGGAUAACUGUGUAAAAACGGACGAAGAGCACAGAAACAGGGGGAAGCUUAGUGACCUGGUGGCAGAGCACCUAGACCACCUUCAUUACCUGAAUGAUAUCCUUAUCAUUAACUGUGAAUUCCUAAAUGAUGUGCUUACUGACCACUUACUGAACAGCCUCUUCCUGCCUCUUUAUGUAUACUCCUUGGUGAACCAAGAUAAGGCUGAGGAACGGCCAAAGAUCAGCCUCCAGGUUUCCCUGUACCUCUUGUCACAAGUUUUCCUAAUUAUCCACUAUGCUCCGCUGGUGAAUUCACUGGCGGAAGUGAUUCUGAAUGGGGACCUCUCCAGGUUUUUCUCCAAAGUGGAGCAGGACGUCCAGAAAAGUUCGGUCAAGACGGGCAUCCGAUGCUUCAUCAAACCAACUGAGUCCUUGGAGCGAUCUCUGGAGAUCAAUAAGCACAAAGGGAAGAAGAGGCUCCAAAAGAGGCCCAAUUAUAAGAAUGUCGGGGAGGAGGAGGAAGAAGAGAGGGGCCCAGAGGAUGCACCGGAAGGCGUCGAGGGCCCCUCGAAAGGCAUCAAACCUAGCGGAGAGAGCGAAGAAAUCGAGAUGGUCAUCAUGGAGCGGUGUAAGUUGAUUUCUGUCACAGAGCAGAACAUCACGGACGAAGAGAAAAGUGCGGCUGCUUCGGGAAUGUCCACCUGGAACAGGCCUUUCCUCGAGAUGGUCUAUAAUGCUCUGGAGUGUGCAGAGUUUGACUACUACGCCCUGUUUGUGCUCUGCCUCCUCUACGCCAUGUCCCACAACAAAGGAAUCCAGCCAGUGACUUUGGAACGGAUCCAGCUCUCGGCUGAAGGGGCAGAAGAGAAGAGCACCUACAAUCCCGUUCUGGCAGAAAGGAUCAUACGGAUCAUGAACUUUGCUGCGCAGCCAGAUGGCAAGAUCCGCUUGGCCACCUUGGAACUAGCCUGCAUCCUGCUCAAGCAGCUGGUGAUGACCAAAUGCCGGAGCAUCAUCAAGGACAUUCACCUCGCCUGUCUAGAAGGAGCAAGGGAAGAAAGUGUCCACUUGGUGCGGCGUUUUUACAAGGGAGAAGAGAUUUUUCUGGAUAUGUUUGAAGAUGAAUACAGAAGCAUGACACUGAAACCCAUGAACGUGGAGUACCUGAUGAUGGACGCCUCCAUCCUGCUGCCGCCCACCGGGACACCCCUCACCGGCAUUGACUUCGUGAAGCGGCUGCCCUGCGGAGACGUGGAGAGAACGCGGAGGGCCAUCCGGGUCUUCUUCAUGCUCCGCUCCCUCUCCCUGCACCUCCAGGACGAGCCAGAGACGCAGCUGCCUUUGACAAGGGAAGAGGACUUGAUUAAGACGGACGACGUGCUGGACCUGAACAACAGCGACUUAAUUGCCUGCACAGUAAUCACCAAAGACGGGGGUCCGGCCCAGAGGUUCCUGGCGGUGGAUAUCUACCAGAUGAGUCUGGUGGAGCCAGACGUGGCCCGAUUAGGAUGGGGAGUGGUCAAGUUCGCUGGCCUUCUCCAGGACAUGCAAGUGACUGGAGUGGAGGAUGACAGCCGGGCCCUGAACAUCGUCAUCCACAAACCGGCCUCCAGCCCUCACUCCAAGCCCUUCCCCAUCCUCCAAGCCACUUUCAUCUUCUCGGACCACAUCCGCUGCAUCAUUGCCAAGCAGCGCCUGGCCAAGGGCCGCAUCCAGGCCCGGCGCAUGAAGAUGCAGAGGAUUGCAGCUCUCCUCGACCUCCCGGUCCAGCCGGCCAAUGAAGUGAUGGGCUUUGGCCACGGCUCCACUUCGGCUGCCCAGCACCUACCCUUCCGCUUCUAUGACCAAGCCAGGCGAGGUGCCUGUGACCAGGCCGUCCAGCGCUCCGUCUUCACUUCGGUGGACAAGGUCCCAGGUUUUGCGGUGGCCCAGUGCCGACCUUCCCUGACUCCCUCGCCGAGCUCCUCACCGUCCCCUUCCUCCAGCGGAAGCACUGGGCGCUGCGACUCGGCAGCCGCCAGCUCCUCCUCCACCCCUUCGGCCGUCCAGAGCCCCGCAGAUGACUCAGCAGCCCCUGACCAGACCCCGGCCACCGCUGCUUCCUCCUCGUCCUCCAGCCGCCUUUCAGGAGCGGACGACCCCUCUGUCCAUGUUUCCAAAUCCACCAGCAAGGCCGUGGCUGAAGGGGAGUCAACAACAACGCACCUCUCUCCCUGCCUAACCCCGGCCCCACAGCCCUCCAUCUCCCUGCUUUCUACAGAGGCCCUGAGCGUGGAGUCCCUCACUCUGGUGCCCCCCAUUGCUCCAGGCAGCAUCUUGGCCGUCAGCACCCUGCUCCAGGCCGCUGACUCGGAGGCCGACCUCGGACCAGAGACCCCCGGUGACGGGGCCUUGAGCGACAUGGCAUCCGUGGCCAGCGAAGAGCCGUGACCCCUGCCACGUUCACCGUGGGGAACCCGCAUCAACACCGCACCACCCCGUCACCAUCCUAAAAACAAUAAACCCGCCGCCAUUUUUAAAACCACAAGCAGUUCAAACUAGAGCACUGAUACGGCCUGGGAACCAUGAAAGGGAUUAUUCGAUUAGCUGGCAGAUGCAGGUAUUCCUUCCUGUCCUUUUUCUUUCAAAAGGAUCAAAACUCGGAAUUUGGACACUGAUACGGCAGGGAAUUCAUUGAAUUGGGGAAUCAUUAGAAUUAUUCCGUCAUCGUGGCUGUGGGAUGCAGGGAUUCCUUCCUUUCUUGGCUAUUCUUUUGGUGUUUUAAAAGGACCCUUUGCAUCAUAGGAACCAGCAAGAGGCAUCUCAACUGGUUUUGCAGUCCCUCUCUUGUCACUUUGUGUUGCAAACAUGAUGCCAGCAGAUCUUGGGACGCUUUCCAUUCUUGGCCCCUAUCCUUGUUUCAAAAAGAUCAUUCGCAAAUCAAACUCAUAAUUCAGACACUGAUAUGGUAGGGAAUGAAUUGAAAAGAUGAUUCCGUUAUCGUGGCUGGUGAAAUGUGGGGAUUCCUUCCUUUCCUCGCUGCUCUUUUAGUGUUUUAAACUGAUCCUUUGCAUUGUAUGAACCAGCAACGAGGAACCCAUCCUUUUGCAUCCCUCGCUUUCCACUUUGGAGCCAGUGGAUUGUGAGAUCACUUCCUUUCCCAGCUCUUUUUGCAACGGAGAAAAAAAAUACCUGACCAUUUUUUUUUAGUUCCUUGCUUUUGACUUCACCUGGAAGACGUAGCAGUUUGGGUGGGUUCCCUCUUUUCCGAAAUUCCGAAUCUUUGUCUUGCUGACUUCACUGGAUCGCUUGCCCUUUAGAGACCUAUAAACUGUAAUAUUCUUUCAGUGUUAAUGAUUUUAAUUUAUAAUGUCGUCCGCACGUCCGUCUCGGGUUUGCAAAGACACACGCAGCAUCUUGGGGUGUUUUUCUUUUGGGGGGGGUCAUUCUUCAAGGGCUUCUUUGGACGAAACACAGAGCGGCCGGGUUUUGUGUAAAGCAUUUCAGAAGAAUGUAAAAAUAUUUUAGCAAACUGGCGUUCGCACUUCA